UUGUAUUAAAUAUUGAACUUUUGUUUGUUUGUUUGACAACAAAAAAUGUUUGUACCUAAUAAACAGUGUACGGGAUCAAUAAAGUUAAUUUUUAUCACGUUGUCCUUUUUUAUUUGUGUUAAUUUGGUGUUGACAAGUGGAUAUGAUGAUGAAUAUAAUAAACAGGAUGAAGAACAAAUGCCAACUUAUCAUAACAAUGAAUAUGGAAAUACAGAAAUUCUUUCAAGAAAAAGAAGAUACUUGACAUUUCCUUCGGGAAGUUCUUUUCAAUUGGUUUAUGAUUUGAUUAUCGGCGUUGUUGACUACACAAACUACUUAAUUCUUGGUGUUACAUCAGCCUUAGCUUGGCAGCUGCCCAGCGAUGCUCCCAGUGAAAUUGUUCAACAUCUGAAAGACAAACUCAAUGAUGGCACUCUUGGCAUUAGUCGUAAUGACACAAUAGAAAAUAUUCAAUACAUCGACACAAAACAAAAACAACAAAAAUAUCCUCAGAAAUCGUCUUACAUAACAACAUAUUCGAAUCCAUCUUUACUAAAACCACAAUCGUCUUCAUAUUUUGCUAGCAAUCAAUUUCACCCACCAAUGCAUACAAAAUACUACAAUUCUGGUCCGAUUUACUAUACCAAACCACCACAAGCCUCUGGCAAUGUCCUUUCAAGGAAGUACAACAACAUUGCAAAUAACUAUUCAAUACGAAGGAAUCCGCUCACAGAAUGGAAAUAUGGCAAAAUGAGAAAAGUUUCACCAUCAUCAUCAUCAUCGUUCUUCCAUCCUUCGAAAUGGUCACAGUGGUGGAAGAAUUCUGGUAAACGGACGUCUUCGUAUGGAAAGCCAGUGUAUGCUCGCCAACAUAGGGUUUAUCCUGUAUUUGCUAAGAGAGGUGUAGACAAGCACAAUCGACAGAAACGUCAUGGCAUUGAUGGGCCAUCACUUACGAAAAUCGACAAGAUUCAUCUUCGAUACCAUCGCAGUACACGACAGGAGCUCUACCUCAAAAUCGAGAAAUAUUUAGGGACGCACAAAAAAAAUGGCCAUGAAUGUGUUUUGAAGGCGCUUUGUGAAACAGGUCAAAAGGGCAACGAAGAAGAACCAGGGACAUUUGUUGGUGAAAUAAUGAGAUCGAUAUUUACAAUGCCAGAGAGUGAAGAUCCUGUUUAUAGUCAAAAACAUAAACUCUAUGACGAAGCUCAUGCACAUGUUGGCAAUUGUAUUGAAAGAUUUCCAUUGUGUCCAGAUAGCCUUUGGAAAGCUGACUUUAUAUUUUGAAAAAGUGGAAAUAAAUGAUUUUUGAUAUGUCUUGAAGGUUUACUUUUGUAUUAAUACUUGAUUAUUGGAUAUGAUGGUAGAUAUGAUAAAUUCCAAUUAGCCAGUAAAUUCGAAACUCCAAAAAAUGAUUUUAGACGUGGUACAUAUUACGCUGCAUAACCAUAUUAGCCUUUAAGUUUUUCCCUUUGUUUGUAAUGUUAGCGGUUUUACUUGCUUCGUUGCGGUCGGUGGUCUCUGAAUUAUGAAAUUACAUUAUGAAGAUUCAAUUUUUAUAUUCAAUAUUAAUCGGUGGCCAAUGUAUCUAUCCUGUUUGCCAUAAUCAGUUUGCCGAUAGGGAUAGCUGAGUUUCUUUGAGUUGCUUCCCUGCGCAACCAUUUUAAAAUGUUGUAUCCACAGUUUUGCCGUUGGGCGUUGGGUCUACUUGAUGUACCUCUGUUUUCCUUUGAUUUACUGUGACUAUCAAAGGUUGAUUGUUGAAGCCUAUUCUCCGGUGUAAAUUACGGAUUUGUCUAGGCUUUUUAUCAUGCUAAUGCUAUUCAUUUCAAUAACGGCACAUCCUGUCCUCAAAUUUAUUGCAAGCCAUGAAACGGCUUUUUGAUCCAAAUAACGACAUAAGCAGAUGAAAUGCUCUUAACCUUCUGCAUCAGAAAAGGUUUUGGUAUCUGAUUACGGU